AUGGUUAGCGCUUACUACCACGACGAUAAAGAUACGCCAGACAACUUUACCGAAGCACACAACUCGGGCGAACCGGUUUCCCUCGAAGCGCUUGAAAAAAUCGGUGUGCUCUAUUUCAACAUCAAAACUGAGGAUGAGUUGAAUCAAGUUGCAAAGGAAAGAAAUUAUAAAAACAGGGACGUUGUAAAUCUCAAUUUGGAUUCAUUUGGAGGUGACUUGGACGCAUACAAUGCUAAAAUGCAAACUUUUUACAAGGAACAUUACCACGAAGACGAGGAAAUCAGAUAUAUAGUGGAAGGGGAAGGGUACUUCGAUGUGAGAAACAAAAACGAUCGCUGGAUUCGUACCAAAUUAACCCCAAACGAUUUACUUAUCUUGCCAGCUGGUAUUUACCACCGUUUCACCUUGACCAGCGAGUUGAAACAAGUAAAAGCUGUAAGACUAUUCCAAGAUGAACCAAAAUGGGAAGCUAUCAAUAGAGAUUUGGGAAAGAACAGUGAGGCUCGUGUUUCAUAUGUGAAAGCAAUUUCUACGUAG